AUGGACAUUAAGAACAUGCGAAAUGAAUUCAUUCUAGAGGAAGAAAUCAACGUUUUUGAAGAAUACAAAUCAUACAUAAGCGAUAGUAACAAUAAUGAUCCAGUUAUAGAAAAAAAAAAUUCAAAUAAUUCAAGCAAAAAUUAUAAUGAGGAAGAGGAUGAAGAAGAAGAGGAUAACAAGCAUAGAGAAAUAAAAGCAAGUUUACGAAGUUUGCACAAUGAUGAACAUAAGGGAAAAUCGAAAAUGGAUCAAGUAGAAAUAAAUUGUGCUGAGAAUGUCAAUAAAGUAGAAACAGAAACCCAUGAGAACAACGAAGAUGACAAUUUAAAUGGUCGAAAAAAGGGAAUCUCAGCGGGAAAAAGUUCCCUUGAAAAUAUAGGAAAUAAAAAUGUAUCAGUAAAAGAGAAAAUGAGAGAGGAUCCUUGUUAUGUUCCAAAGGAAGCAAGAUAUUUUUUGCAUGAUAACAGAUUCGAAAACAGUGAUAAUAAAAACAAGAAGAAAAUGAAUGAUAAAAAAAAAUUAGGUAAUAAUAAAAUCAGUUACAUAGAUGAGAAAAGGUGGAAACAUGAUUUAUUUUAUGAUUAUAAAUAUAAUGAAUAUUAUGGAAAGGAAAGAAGUUCUAACAAAAAAUAUAGCAGUGGUGCUUAUAGCAAUGGUGCGUAUAACAGUAGUGCUUACAACAGUAGUGCUUACAACAGUGGUGCUUACAACAAUGGUGCUUAUAACAGUGGUGCGUAUAACAGUGGUGCGUAUAACAGUGGUUCUUAUAACAAUAGAUAUUACGCAUCAAAAAAUAACAAACAUGAUAAAAAUAAUUACUCCAUGUCUUACAAAAAUAAUAAGGAUAAUUAUUACUACGACAAUAAUCGCCUGAAAAAUUCAAAAGUAUUCAGUUAUCAUAAAUAUUAUGGAGAUUAUAACAAAAUAAAACUUCCAAAUGUUAAAAAAGAUAACAAAACAUACACUAGCGUGUGUGAGAAGAAGCACUCAUAUAUGUUAUCAGAUAAGAAAAAUGUUCAGAAAUCCAUUCAAAAAAACGAAAAAAUUAGGGAAGAACAAAAAGAAGGGGAAGAAGAAGAAGAAGGAGGAGGGGAACCUACCCUUUCUGAUACCCAGUUGCAUUCAGAUGUUGUUGAUCUAUGUCCAUCAGAUGAUGCUCAUGCAGAAAGUGCCAAUUUAGAAAAAAGAACGAAGAAACAAACACUUCUCAAGAAGUGUAAGAACGAAAAGGAUAAUGAUUUAAGUCUCAGUGGAAAUAGAAAGUUAGCUAAUGGAAAGAAUGGACAAAAUGCAGCGCUAGAACUUGAUGUGAUUGCUGAUUUACAAGAAUGUGACGAAAAAUCAUCAGCAAGUAUCAAUAAGGAGGACGAUCGAAAUAGUCAACAUGGAGGAAGGAAAGGUGAAAAGGGUACAAAGAACAAAGGAUUGGAAAAUAGGGAACAGAAAAGUACAUACAAAAAAGGUGUACGCAGAAGCGGAGUGAAAGAAACAGAGAUGGAUAAAGAAGAAGACGAAGAGGAAGAAGAAAGCAAGCGAAAAGACACAAGUAAAAAAAAAAUGAACACGACGGGGGAAAAGGAAAUCGAAAAAGGUACCCAAAGAAAUAAUGAAGGAAAAAAAUCUAUAACUUCUUACAAAUCGAAGACAAGUUACAAUAACAGUAAUAACAAUUAUUAUAUGAUGAAUGAUCGAGGUGCACAGAACAAACAUCAAGGAGCACGAUUCGUUUACACGAGGAAUGAAAAUUAUGAAUUCCAAUCAUUAUUAAAAAAGAAAUAUACUAGUAAAAGAAAUCAUCUGUAUGAGGAGAAUUAUUACAACAUAAAUUCAUACACCAAUAGUAAAGUGAGCAAUGCAGAUUACGCAAGGAAGAGCUAUACCACGAAGAACAAAAAUUUUUGGUCCAAUAUAAGUUCAAAUAAUAUAGGAAGUACAAACAUCAACUAUGGUAACCAUAACUACAACAAUAGUAAUAUGAACAGUGGGAACAGCAAUUACAAUCGCAACAAUCAACAUACGUAUAAUGAGAAUGAAAAGAGCAAUAUAAAUAAGUUACACAAUGAUGAUGAUUAUAUCAGGGGGAAAAAUUCUUAUCCCAAUAAAGACAAAGACGUCAGCACUGUAAGCAGAACCCAAACGGAUAGAGAUAAAGGUAAUCAGAAGUAUAGUGCUUCCAAGAAAUAUGCUAAUAAUAAUUGUAGUAUUAUUAAUUUGAAUAAAAAAAAAGAAACAGAUUAUGAACACAACACUGAAGAGGAAGAAGUAGAAGUAAAAGAAGAAGUAGAACCAGAAAUAGAAGCAGUGGCUAUGAAGAAAAAUAAAUAUGUCAAUAAGCAAAAAAUAGGAGAAAAAUCUACCAUAAUAAAUGCAGGAAGCAGUGAUGAACGUGUUAUGGACAUUGAGAUAGGAAGAGGAAAUUAUACAAAAAAAAAAAAAGGGAAUCACCCAAGAACACAUGAAUACACAGCAAAUGGAUUUAAAGAAAAAGGAAAACGUCAAAGUAUAGAUGAUUCAUUCGAUAAAGAAAAAGAAAAGCGUCAAAGUAUAGACGAUUCAUUCGAUAAAGAAAAUGAAAAAAGUUCAAGGAAAUGGGAUGAUAACAGAUAUCACAAAGAUAGUAAGAAGGAAACGGAGAAAUAUGUAUCAAAUGGAAAGAAUACCAAACAAGGAAAAUAUGGUUAUAAUAAUAAGUAUGUAAAAACUUACAUGAAUAAAGAUAUAAUCAGGAGAAACCGUGUGCACGAUAGUAGUAAUAGCAAUGAUAUGGGCAGCGUUGUGAAUGACAUUGAAUCAGCGCGCGUGAAAUUGAGAAGUGAUCCAAAAUUGAGAAGUGAUCCAAAAUUGAGAAGUGAUCCAAAAUUGAGAAGUGAUCCAAAAUUGAGAAGUGACUCAAAAUUGAGAAGUGACUCAAAAUUGAGAAGUGAUCCAAAAUUGAGAAGUGAUCCAAAAUUGAGAAGUGACCCGAAUUUGAGAAAUAACAGCAUUGUUAGUGAUAACUCAGAAUUAGCACAUAUUGAAGACACUAACAAAGUAAAAGCUAAAAAAAUGAACGGUGUCUCUGAGACGACGAAGGGAAAGGAAGAUAGUAACCGUGGAAAGACCAAGGAUUACAGGAUUAAUAAAGAUGGUAAUGACAAAGAAUUUAAUUAUGUUGACGUGUAUGAUGAUGAUGAUAUUUAUAACUACAAGUCAACCAAUGAUGACGAAGUAACCAGCAAAGGGGCAAAUUAUACUGAAAUAAAUUCCAUCGAACAUAACUACUUUGGGAAGAGCAUUCCGGAUGUGAGCUACAAUGAAAAUAUUUUCAAAUGUGACUCAAGAAAAAACACAGCUAUCCAUGGAAAGGACGAAAGCAGGAUUGAGUCCAUAAGAGGGGGAAUGGAAAAUAAAAUAACGAGCUUAAAUCAUGAUAAAAAUAAAAAAGAAAACAAUGCAUUCAAAUCUCAUGGAGGAAACACAUACUUAAAGAAAAAAAAUAAAAAUCAACAGAAUUAUGAAACGAAUAACGAAAUCAGUAAUAACAAUAUGAAUAGAAAAAAAGACACAGACAAUAAUAAUACAUACACGAAACAACAGUCUCACAAAGGAUCAUAUACAAAUAUGAAAAAAAAAAAAAAAGAAGAAUUUAUAAAUUAUGCAACACAGCAUAAAGGAACAACAGUGGGAGGAAUAGGAGUAGGAGGAGUGAUGGGAAGUGCAUAUCAAAAUGGGAAAAUUUUUAAUUUUAAAAAAUACCAUGGUGAUUAUAACAAUAAUAAUGUGGAUACUAACGGAUCCGUGUCAUAUUCAGGUAAUAGAAAAAAUGCAUCAGGUCAACACGUAGGGAAUAAGAAUUAUCAUAAUAAUGAGAAACGGUAUGACGGAUAUACAAAUAGUGAAAAACAGUAUGAUAACACUUAUGCAAAUAAUAAUAAUAAUAGCUAUGGAGGUACGUACGGUUGUGACACUAAUUGUGUUGGAAGCGAUGGAAAUGUUAUCAGUAAUAUUAAUGGUCAUGCGAACGGUAAUAUUAACGGCCAUGCGAACGGUAAUAUUAACGGCCAUGCUGACAGUAAUAUGAAUGGUCAUGCGAAUGGCAAUAUUAAUAGCAAUGUCUGUGGCAACCAUUACUCAGAUAAUGGUGGCAACAGUAAUGGUAAUUUUUGCUACCCGGACAAUUUUUAUCCUCCCAAUGCUACUAGUUAUGUUGGAGAAUAUCCUGCCUUUUUUAAUGACAAUCGUUACAUGAACAGUCACCCAUUGAAUGACCAUUACAUGAACGGUACAUACAUGGGGAAUGGCUACGUGAACAAUCAGAAUUACAUAAAUGACCCCAAUUAUAUGAACAACUCGAACUACAUGAACAAUCAGAAUUACAUGAACGACUCAAAUUAUGUGAACGAUCCAAAUUACAUGCGAAAUCGUAACUAUAUAAACGAUCAGAAUUAUAUGAAUGAUCCAAACUACAUGAACAGUCAGAACUACAUGAACAACCAGAAUUACAUGAACAAUCAAAACUACAUGAAUAAUCAGAACUACAUGAACAUGAACAUGAACACUCCAAAUUAUAUGAACGACGUAUAUGCCCAUGAUAUGUACAUGAAUAAUACAUAUAUGAAUGGAAACAGUACCUACUACUAUGACCACCCAUAUUCUAACUACCCUAACGAAAAUGAUUACUGUCAUUACAGCGAUAAUAAUAAAUAUAUUAAGCAAUAA